GACUUCAAGCUGCGGGUUGAGUUCCAUCGUGGUGGCCGAGGGUGAUGUACAGUCAGGCUCAAGCAAGCAGGUCCACAUGUGAAAGUUCAAAACUACUGAUUUUUUCCCCUCAAGCCUAUGCAUUCUUAGACAAAAGCUGCUGUCGUUUAAAGAAAAAAUCCAGAGUAAAACAAUACCAUACUGACUUUAUGUCCCAAAAACGCCGAUUGCAGGAUUAUGACAUUAAUCCAUGUUUAGUGGAAAGCAAAGCUUCUAGAAAGUGUUUGGAAGUGAAUCAAUCUGAUAAGGAUAUGUGUGCAAUCUAUUUUUUAAAGUACAAAAAUUGCCGAAAAUUUUGGCAUGGGAUUAUGAUGCAGAGAAAACAAGAUGGAAUAAAACCAGAUAUGCCUAUAGCAGAAGAAAGAAAGAGAAUCCUAGCUUCAUUGGAAGGAGCACCAUAUUGACCAUACCAUUUUAUUAAUAUUGGAUGUAUAAUGAUUUUAAAAUAACAGUAUGCUUUAUUUUAAAAAACUGGUUUCUUGAUCGCUGCAAUGCCACUAUCCUUAUACUGUAUUUUUUACAAAAAACAAAGAACCCUGAAACUUUAAAUUUUAAAGAAUGAAAUGCAUUCUUAUAUGGGAAAAACUUGUAGAAAUAAAUAAGGUUUUGAUUAGG